GGUGCUGCUGUGCUGACUCGCCAGCUGCGUGGCCCGUUACUGUCAUGGCGUUCUCGAACAUAGGAAAGCAGCAAUUCAGCAUAAAUGCUUGAUUGAGCGCUGGAACAGAUGAACAAGAGUGGGCUGAUUACUUUGGUUGGAGAAUGUCAGCAGGAAGAAACUUGCUAAAUCUUCGUGCCCAUGCUACCGCUGAAGUCAUGAUCUCUGCUCGUAGUUUGGUCGUCAUCACAAGCACUUCUCUCGUUUCAGUCUUUGACAGGUGUUUCUUUCCCUUGUGCUGAUGUGCAGUACUUAUAUAUCAUUACUUUAUUUAUGUAAGAGGAUAACGCGGGUGCCACCAUCCUCUCUACCUGGACCUAGCCUACACACACCCCGUCACAUCUCACCCCACAGGCAGUAUCUCCGAUACGGUCUGCACACAAACACCAAGUCCAUGCAAGAAUCCACCAUAUCCACAAGCCCAUGGAGGAGCUCCCAGUACCAGUAGACCACCCAAUUGGGGAAACCGCCGGCCGGCCUCUUCACGACGCUGGUCGCUGCAAGCGCAACACGCCCAUGCACGUCCCCGCACCCCACCUCCUCCCCGCGCCGCCCAAGCCCCACUACCAUGCCGCGCUCCGCUUCACCGUGGCCGCUUCCGCGGCGCCGGCGAGCCCCCGCAAAGCCGUCAUUGUAGGCGGCGGGCUCGCGGGCCUUGCCGCGGCGACUCACCUGACGUCGCUCUCCGUGCCGUUCACGCUCGUCGAGGCCUCCGACCGCCUCGGCGGCCGCGUCGCCACCGACGUGGUGGACGGGUACCGCCUGGACAGGGGUUUCCAGAUCUUCCUCACCGCGUACCCGGAGUGCCGUCGCCUCCUCGACUUCCCGGAGCUCAGGCUCCGGCCAUUCUACCCCGGCGCGCUCGUCUUCGUCGGCGCCGGGGAGCCGUUCUACCUGCUCUCCGACCCGUUCCGCCUCCCGCUGCGUUCCCUCUCCGCGGUGUUCUCCCCCGUGGGCACCCUCACCGACAAGGUCCUCGUCGGGCUCACGCGCCUCCGGGCGGCCGCCACCCCGGACGACGUCAUCCUCUCGGCGCCGGAGACGACCACGGGGGAGCACUUGGCGCGGCUCGGCUUCUCGCCCUCCAUCGUGGAGCGGUUCCUGCGGCCGUUCCUCGCAGGAAUAUUCUUCGACCCUGCGCUCGACACGUCGUCCCGCCUCUUCGAGCUCGUGUUCAAGCGCCUCGCCCUGGGCGACAACGCCCUGCCGGAGGACGGCAUCGGCGCCAUCGCGGCGCAGCUCGCGGCUCGCCUGCCAGCGGGCUCCGUCCGCCUCAACACCCGCGCCGUCGGCAUCGACCAGUCCGGUGUGACGCUGGAUACCGGCGAAACCGUCGCCGGCGGACUCGGCGUCAUCGUCGCUGUCGAGCAGCCUCAGGCCGAGAAGCUUCUGCCGCAGCUACCAGCUCAAGGAAAGGCCAAGAAAUCGGAGAGGAGCACCGUGUGCCUCUACUUCUCCACCGACCGGGCGCCGGUCCAGGACCCCAUCCUGCUGCUCAACGGGUCGGGCAAGGGGAUAGUGAACAACAUGUUCUUCGUCACCAACGUGGCGCCGUCGUACGCACCGGCGGGUAAGGUGCUGGUGUCCGUGUCCCUCGUUGGCUCGUUCGCCGACAGGGAGGACGCCGAUCUGGCCGACGAAGUGGUCCGGGAGCUUGGCGGGUGGUUCGGCGACGGAGAGGUCGCGUCGUGGACACACUUGUCGACGUAUCGCAUCGGGUUCGCGCAGCCGGACCAGACGCCGCCCACGACACCGGCGGGGAGGGACCCGAGAGUGGGUGACGGAUUGUACGUCUGCGGUGACCACUGGUGCUCUGCCACGUUCGACGGCGCGCUGGUGUCGGGAAGGAGGGCGGCCGAAGCUCUGGCCAAGGACAGGGGACUAUGAGCUUCCUAGCAUGGGGCUGUGUUUGAGUUGGGUCCGUGCUGCACUGCAGAGUGCAGACUGCAAAGAAAAUCCAUCUCGCAUGACGAACGAGUUUUUUUUUUGAGAGAGACAAGUACAUGUACAUCUCCAUCAACGACUAAAAUUCAGCUUGUAAUUUCCUCUGUAAAUCUGAUUUAUAUUUACUCAUUGAAUUCCUAUGUUAUGUGCAGCAUGGUACCA